UGCCCAUCAGUUGUUUCUUUAUCCGACAAUGUGUCAAACGUUUCUGUUUGUCAAAAAUUCUGGUUCAUUACAGAAGAGCAUUCAUCAGGAUAUUGAAGCCCUUGUGUUGUUGAAAUGCAACGAUUCGAGGCGUGAAGAAGUUUACAGAGGGGCGAGAGCGGCCAUGGAGAGCGUGGAGUUUCAGAUAUUUGCAGUGAUGAACUCUCUGAGCUUUUUCUCGUCAAUGGGUGUGGUGAUGGUGAUGAUACAGGCCAUGGGUAUGAACAACAUGACACCAGCUUUUAUGAAGAGAUUGAGGAGGAUGUGUAGCACAGUAACACAUAUCGGAAUGGGAUCUGCUGCCAUUGCGUUCAUUUCUGCCGCCACUGCACUUACGAGACGUCUCUAAUGUUUAUAUUGCAAUCCUGGGAAAAGUUUGUAUUAAGAAAGACGUUUAUUUCUCUUUGCACCUCCUUAUGUUCUCUACGGAACCCAUAAUCCAUUGUUUUUGGAAAAUGGUUAUCACCAGUAAUUCGAUGUUUUUCUUGUGGAGUUAAAAUCCACUUAUAACUAGGUAUUAGUCUUGGGCUAAGACUCUUUUAGAAUAAGAAUCUUACAUUUGCAAAAGAUUAUGUUGAGCCAUCUUUCCACUUUAAUAA